AGAGAAAUAAGACCACAUUAAUUUGAGAGUAAUCCCACCACAGUGUCAGCUUCAUGUACUUUGAUCAACGUGGCACCGUUUAGGUCAUGCCAUUGCAGAGACACCAUGCUUCCGAGAUUUCCCUAGGUAUGCUAUAUGACCCCAAUGUGUCUCACGAUGCUUUUCAAUUGUUGUCCAUCAUCAAUUACAUUCGAUGGCUUCAAUAUCGUCUUUGCCGCUUCAUCUUGUUGCUGAUAUUUUGCGUCUGCUGGAUAAUAUCCAACAACUUCCUCCUAUUCUGCUAAGCCAUCGAAUCUUCUACUCUGCUCUUUUGGAUACUCCAAGUCUGCCUGUGGAUAUUAUUCGCAAUCAGAUUCCCGAUAACUUACUUCCGCAGGCUUUUGCCGCAUUCAAGUCGCAAAAGUCGGUUAGGGAAACAAGUGGUAUAAGCGUGGAAGAAUUUCUGACACAUUGUUACGACAAUUCUCUGCAGAAUGUCGACGGCAGUCAAUUUCACUUGACUGUAGGUCAAGCCCUUGAAGUUGUCCGGGUCAAUGAUGCACUGUCGGGCUUAAGGGAUGAGUUUGCUUUAUGUUCCUUGAAGAAGCUUCAUGGUGUAAACCAAGACGAGUCCAUAUCAAGUGACUACGGGCUCUCUUCUAGCGAAUCCUAUCGAAUCUCCCGCGCAUUUUAUCGAUUUCAGAUAUAUCGAAACCUUUUCCUCGACAUGGAGCAGGAAAUUGACCUUUUCCCUUCUUAUGACGAUGAUGAAGAUGAAGAUAUGAGCUUCGACAACGAACUGAAAAAGUUGUUCUUUGAUCGGCAUUCUCCAUGGGUCAAUGAACAACUGGCUUGUGUUCACGGCUUUCUUGAGACGAGACUAACUGGUGUCAUGCUGACCAUCUUGUCUGCAACCCCAGCCUAUCGGAAAGUUGUUGUCAAUGGCUUUCAAUGGGCAGAUAAUCUUACUGAAUGGCUAGCUGAAAAGACCCAAUCGUUUGAAGAGCAGAAAUGUCUGUCUCUCGGUCUUCCUCGUCUCAGCCAGCUUCUCAAGGCUUCAACCUACGAAGAGUGGCAAACAUCACUUAUUGAGGCUAGUAACCCUUGCCAAAGUCGGCUUGAAGAAGAUCUUGAGGAGUUCAACCGCGGAAGAAGGCCAGAUGAGGGAAAUGGAGUUUGGCGGGCCGAAGAUAUGGAAAGGCUAGCCAGUGAAGUUGACGCUGAUGAUGCUUUUACUGAUGAUCAACCAAGACAGACAUGGAUGAAGGUACACUAUGAUCAUGUGCAUGAGAGAUAUCGCUUAGGAAAUCAUGCUUUUGCCCCAAUGAGGUUCAUUUAUGGGCUGAGAAGCCUUGGAUAUGUUAUGUGGGAUGCGAAGAGAAUGAAGAAUGAUGCCUGUAAAGUUACGCUAGAUAAGGCGUACCGAGGCGAUGCUGUUUUCUAGCAACUUGCACGAAAGUCGGAUUUUGAAUAUUGGGAUACUUACUAUUCAACAAUUGGUUCUAUCUAAUCUGGAGUACAUUGGCCU